AUGAUCAGGCUGGCUGAUUUGGACUCAACCCUGCGCCGCAAACCAGGCCCCAUCAUCGCGUCGCAGCAUCCGCCGCCCAUCACCCAACAGCAGAUUCAGGCCCAGCAGCAGGCCGAAGCCCACAAGCGCGAACUCGCCAAGCGCCAGUCGCGCAAGCCUACCGACAAGAACAUCCCCGAUGGCAUCGAGGAGCUCGUCGUCGGCGACGGUGUCGCCCGCUAUCGCAGCCUGCGUGACGUCGAGCGCAAGCUGGACGCCGUCAUGAUGCGCAAGAAACUCGAUAUCAGCGAUGAGAUGCGCGCGCGCAACAUGACACGUUACAAGACCUUGCGCAUAUGGAUUAGCAACACCGCCGAGAACCAGCCAUGGCAGCAGGGCGGCAUGGAUCCCGACGCGUUCGAUUUCGGAAGUGAAUCCCAGGCGACUUAUCGCGUCAAGAUCGAGGGCCGGCUGCUGGAGGACGAGGACGAACUUGAAGCGGAGGAGCGGAAGGGUCUCGAGGCCAUGGACCAGGAUCCCGAAGAUGCCAAGAAACCGCAGAAGAAGCCCGUGGUUCCUCAGCGUAGGAAGCUGGCGCAUUUCUUCAAGCAAAUCACGAUUGACUUUGACCGGUCAAGGUCGCUUCAGCCCGAUGGAUACACCCAGAUCGAGUGGAGGAAGCCCGAGCAGAAUGCUACUUCUGACAGCGCCAACUUUGACACCCUGGAAUUUGAGCGCAAGAGUGAUGAGAACAUCAACGUCACGAUCAACCUAUACCGCGACGAGACCCCCGAACGCUUUCAGCUGAGCAAGCCGCUGUCUGAGUUGUUGGACACGAACGAAGAGGAUCGCGCGGGCAUCAUGAUGGGCAUCUGGACGUACAUCAAGGCCAACAAUCUCCAACAAGACGAAGACAGCAGAAAAAUACGGUGCGAUUCGCGCCUGAAAGCGCUCUUCGACAACCGCGACUUCAUUCCUUUCCCUCACAUCCCGCAAGCCAUUAUCCCCCACCUCUCCCCGCUGCCGCCUUACCAGCUGCAGUACACCAUCCGCGUCGACCAGGCCUACGUUGCUCCCGACGAUGGUACUACGCCCUCUCAGCCCACUGUCUACGACGUACUUGUCCCGCUCGAAGACCCUCUCCGCGCCGUUAUGGCCAACGUAUCGUCUGCGACUCCGGCCCUCGCGCAAAUCGCCAGCCUGGACGAAUCGCUCGCACUGGCUGUUCAGGCGCUGCAGCACAGCAAGGCCAAGCACGCCUUCUUCACGGCGAUGAGCGCGGACCCCGUCAACUUUGUCAAGCGGUGGAUCAGCAGCCAGCAGCGCGACCUCGACGUUAUCCUCGGCGAAGCAAACAGAGGCGGUGGGGAAGAUGUCGCGAGCGAGGAGUGGAGGAGGGGCGGCAAGGAGGGCGUCUGGGGCGGUGCAAAGGCGCAGGAGGGCGUGGGUUUGUGGCUGGCCAAGGGAAAGGCUCACUAA